AUGAAAAAUACUUACAACAUAUUAUAUAGUAUUAUUCAUUACAGAAUUAGUUUUUGUCAUUAUUUUUAGAAUCAUGAGUGUUCCCUGGGCAUGAGUGGACGCUAUAAGACUCAGUGCACUCACUCACUCACUCACUCAGUGACUGUGUCUGAAAAUGGGCAAACAAGUAUUGAAUUCCUUUCGUCCCCCAGUGGUUUUCUUGUUAUUCUUCAUUGUCUUUUCCGUUGUUUCCUGUGAUGAAGCUUCCAAGACCUUCAUCUUUCGCGUGGAUUCCCAAUCCAAGCCCACCGUCUUCCCCACCCAUUAUCACUGGUACACCUCCGAGUUCGCCCAAGAAACCAGCAUCCUCCACGUAUACGACACCGUUUUCCACGGCUUCUCCGCGGUGCUCACGCACCAACAAGUCGCGUCCAUAAGCCAGCACCCCUCCGUCCUCGCCGUCUUCGAAGACCGCCGCCGCCAGCUCCACACCACGCGCUCCCCGCAGUUCCUCGGCCUCCGCAACCAGCGCGGCCUAUGGUCCGAAUCCGACUACGGCUCCGACGUCAUCAUUGGAGUCUUCGACACGGGCGUCUGGCCCGAACGCCGCAGCUUCUCCGAUUUGAACCUCGGCCCCAUUCCCCGCCGCUGGAAAGGCGCGUGCGAAACCGGCGUCAGAUUCUCCCCCAAAAACUGCAACCGCAAGCUCAUCGGCGCCAGAUUCUUCUCCAAAGGCCACGAGGCAGGUGCGGGUUCGGGUCCUCUCAAUCCGAUCAACGACACCGUCGAAUUCCGAUCCCCUCGCGACGCCGAUGGCCACGGCACCCAUACCGCCUCCACCGCCGCCGGCCGCUACGCCUUCCAAGCCAGCAUGUCCGGUUACGCUGCUGGAAUCGCGAAAGGCGUUGCUCCGAAAGCCAGAUUGGCUGCUUACAAAGUUUGCUGGAAAAAUUCCGGUUGCUUCGACUCUGACAUCCUCGCCGCCUUUGACGCCGCCGUGAACGACGGGGUGGAUGUGAUUUCGAUCUCCAUCGGUGGCGGCGACGGUAUUGCCUCCCCAUAUUAUCUGGACCCCAUCGCAAUCGGAUCCUACGGCGCAGUUUCCAGAGGAGUGUUCGUGUCCUCUUCCGCCGGCAACGAUGGUCCCAGCGGAAUGUCAGUGACGAACCUUGCUCCAUGGUUAACAACAGUAGGCGCAGGCACCAUUGAUCGUGACUUCCCCUCACAGGUGAUUCUGGGCGACGGUCGGAGACUCUCCGGCGUGUCGCUAUACGCCGGAGCAGCUUUGAAGGGGAAAAUGUAUCAACUUGUUUACCCAGGGAAAUCAGGGAUUCUUGGAGACUCACUCUGCAUGGAGAAUUCUCUAGAUCCGAACAUGGUGAAGGGUAAGAUAGUAAUAUGCGACAGAGGAAGUAGCCCGAGGGUAGCAAAGGGGUUAGUGGUGAAGAAAGCAGGGGGAGUGGGAAUGAUUCUGGCCAACGGAAUAUCCAACGGCGAAGGACUGGUGGGAGACGCUCAUCUUCUCCCAGCUUGUGCUGUUGGUGCCAACGAAGGAGACGUAAUCAAGAAAUACAUUUCCUCUUCAACAAACCCCACAGCCACUCUUGAUUUCAAAGGUACUAUCUUAGGAAUCAAACCGGCACCGGUUAUAGCUUCUUUCUCAGCGAGAGGACCCAACGGUUUAAACCCUCAGAUACUUAAACCGGAUUUCAUUGCUCCCGGUGUCAACAUCCUCGCCGCCUGGACCCAAGCUGUCGGCCCGACCGGUUUGGACUCCGAUACCAGGAGAACCGAGUUCAACAUCUUGUCUGGCACUUCCAUGGCUUGCCCUCACGUCAGUGGCGCCGCGGCUUUGCUCAAAUCGGCUCACCCUGAUUGGAGCCCCGCCGCCCUAAGGUCCGCCAUGAUGACCACCGCCACCGUCCUCGACAACCGCAACCAGAUCAUGACCGACGAAGCCACCGGGAACAGCUCAACUCCUUACGAUUUCGGUGCUGGCCAUCUUAACCUAGGACGAGCCAUGGAUCCUGGCUUGGUGUACGAUAUCACCAACAAUGAUUAUGUUAAUUUCCUUUGCGGUAUUGGUUACGGGCCUAAGGUGAUUCAGGUGAUCACUCGCGCGCCGGCGAGUUGUCCGGUGAGGAGGCCGGCGCCGGAGAAUCUGAAUUACCCUUCCUUUGUUGCUAUGUUUCCUGCUUCGUCCAAGGGGGUGGCUUCCAAGACGUUCAUACGGACUGUGACAAACGUGGGGCCCGCGAACUCAGUUUACCGCGUGAGCGUGGAGGCACCCGCGAGUGGUGUCAGCGUGACGGUGAAGCCGUCGAGGCUCGUGUUCUCGGAGGCGGUGAAGAAGCGGAGCUAUGUGGUGACGGUGGCGGGGGACACCCGGAAGCUGAAGAUGGGUCCGUCCGGGGCGGUGUUCGGGUCGCUGACGUGGACGGAUGGGAAGCACGUGGUUCGGAGCCCCAUUGUGGUGACUCAAAUAGAACCGUUAUAGAGAGCCUCGAAUCGAUCAUGUCGUUUUGAUCGAUGCGGCUCGUGACUCGUGACGUAAGUGGGUGGCACCCCUGUAGGUUGCCACGACUAGUAUAAAAGACAACAAAAACACAAAUAUUUUGUAUUUCUUCUUUCUUUUUCAUUUUUAAAUUUUUGUUUAAGUGACCAAGUUUGGAGGUGUAAUCCGUUGUUGUACUUUUUUAUAAAAUUAUAGGAGUAAUUUGUAAUAUUUAUGUUAAGCCGUCAUUAUUUAAUUUUAACCACGUUUGAUUUGAAAAUAUCUUUUUCUAUUACAGCAUAUUCUGUUUUCUCUGU